AUGCCACCCACCAUAUCCUAUGGUCUCAAUCUGCCGAAUAAAAAACCCCCGGGUGGUCAAAAACGUAAGAAAGCUAUUUUCGACUCCGACUCCGACGACGAAGACGGAGGAGGAGAUGAUGACCGCGGCGUGGAAAUCUCAAGCCUAGGCGGACUGGACGAGCCCGACCCCAAGACCAACCCAUCGAGGGGACCCACUACGAAACGCAAACUGCCAUUCGGCGGCCAGACGGUCAAGCCGAAUGUCAAACCACUGAGUAAGAAAUCGAUCUUCGCGGAUGAUGACGACGACGAAGACGGAGACAACAAACCCGGAGAGCAGCUAGGCAAAAAUACCACACAAUAUGGAUUAAACACAGCAAAGACAUCCAGCGAGGAAUACACGAACCUAUCCGCCCUCCGCAGCAGUAAAAAACACGCCGAGGAGGCCGAGAAGCUGGAUCCAUCGAUAUACUCCUACGAUGCGGUAUACGAGAGUCUCCAUACGAAACCGACGAAGACGCCCGUAGCAGAAGGAGAGAGUGAAACGCCUCGAUACAUGACAUCGUUGCUGCGGAGCGCGGAGAUCCGCAAGCGGGAUCAGCUGCGCGCCCGAGAUCGCAUGCUGGCGAAGGAGCGCGAGGCGGAGGGUGAGGAGUUCGCGGACAAGGAGAAGUUCGUAACGUCUGCAUACAAGGCGCAGCAGGAGGAGCUGCGACGGGUGGAAGAGGAGGAGGCGGAGCGGGAGCGACAGGAAGAAGAACGAAGAAAGCAGAAUGGUGGAUCGGGUAUGAUUGGAUUCUAUCGGGAUAUGCUCUCACGUGGAGAGCAGCAACAUGAGGCCGCUGUGAAAGCGGCCGAGGAGACAGCACGACGGGUCCAGGCCGGAGAGGUGUCCGAGGAGACGGAGGAUACGACCAAGGAAAAGUCGGAAGCCCAGAUGGCGGCGGAGCUCAAUGAGCGCGGUGCCCGCAUCGCUGUUAAUGACGAGGGUCUGGUGGUCGAUAAGCGGCAGCUGUUGUCAGCGGGUUUAAACGUAGCGCCGAAGCCGAAGAAGCCAGACGAGACGGUCCGCUCGAAGACUGCUACACGCCCGUCGGCGGCAGUCAACUCUCGGUUCGAUGGGGCCGGCCAACGGGCUGGUCAGCGGGCCCGUCAGACGGUGAUGAUUGCGGCGCAACUCGAAGAGCGAGUCCGGCAGGAAGAGGAGGCCGAAGCAGCGCGACAGAAAGAGAUCGCCGAGCGCAGUCGCAGUCGCCGAACGGAAACCGACGUCUCGAGUGCCCGGGAGCGAUACCUAGCGAGAAAGAAGGAGCGAGAGGCAGCAGCCAAAGGGAAAGAGUCUUAA